CUCCAACAUUCCAAGACGAGAAGAAGAACCUGCUAGCCGUUGGAGUUGAAGUCGUUGCGGAAAGACAUGCGGGAGUUAGAUUAACGUGCGUGUUAGUGGCGGUUAAAUAACUUUAUCCUGUAAAACGUUUCUUCCUGUCCCUUCGCUACAACCACCGGCCUCUGAUAGAGACCGCCGGAGUUGGGUUUUCUCGAAGCGGAGUUACGAAAAUCAACAGAGGAAGCAGCUGAGGAGCGAUGUCGUACUACUCGUCGUCCCGGAGCUCGUCCCGGGCCACCGACUGUAAAGUUUACGUCGGUGACCUUGGUAACGGCGCCGCCAAAGGGGAGCUGGAGCGGGCCUUCAGUUACUACGGGCCCCUGAGGACCGUGUGGGUGGCCAGGAACCCGCCUGGCUUCGCCUUCGUGGAGUUCGAGGAUCCCCGAGACGCAGAGGACGCGGUCAAAGGCAUGGACGGGAAGAUCCUUUGUGGCUCCCGUGUGCGUGUGGAGAUGUCCACCGGCAUGUCCAGGAAGGGCCGCGGGCGCCCCAGCCGCCGCCAGUUUGACCCCAACGACCGCUGCUACCAGUGCGGGGACCGGGGCCACUACGCCUACGACUGCUACCGCUACAGCAAGAGAGGCAGACGCAGCAGCAGGUCCCGGUCCAGAUCCCGAUCCCGCUCACGGUCCAGGUCCCGCGGACGGCGCUACCGCUCUCACUCCCGCAGCCGUAGCCGCAGCUACAGCCGGAGCCGCCGCAGAUCGCCGUCAUACUCCAGACGCAGAAGCAGGUCUGGCUCCCCGGCCCGGUCCAAGUCCAGGACUCCUGUGAGAAGCCGCUCCAGGUCCCGCUCUCGGUCCGGCUCUGCCCCCAGGGGGCGCUCUGCGUCUCGCUCCCGCUCUCGAUCGCCGUCGGCCAACCACAAGCGGGCCAGCGUGUGGUGGGAGCUGAGCACUGCACAGACACCGCCGCUGAUCCCAGGCCCAGGGUCUGCCAGCUGGCGGUGUGCACAGCCUGCGGGAGGGUGACUUAAGCGCUGACCUGAGAUCAGCCUCCGCCUGCGUCUGACGUUAGACAGCGAGACAGAGGUCGACCUACCGACCGACCCCUCGCCCCUAGAGCCAGCCGGCCAGCCUUCAGAGCCGGGCUUUAAAAACCCGUUCCCCACCUACCAGAACCCCCCUACCUACCAGAGUUCUUCGCUUCGGUCUUAGCUUCUGAGCGUGAGACACAGAGCUGACGAGAGAUCAGACUUCAAGAGCGUCUCCGAGUUGUAGUCGUCCGUCCUUCAGUCCUUUGAUCCUUCGCUUCUCUGUACUUGUUGUUUCUGCCGCUGUCUCCAAAGGUAACCAACCCCCCACCCCCUGACUAAGCUCAUGUUGAUGGUGACAGAACAUGUUGAGCCGUUAAAAAGCGAGCAUGUGUGGCUGGAUGUGGGAGUGAGUGAGUGGACGUGUGAAUGUGUGUCAGGCUGACAGACAGGAAGGAGGGCGUUAGCCGCCCGCCGCCACAGCUUCUCAUUCUGACAUGAAAUCUGUUAGCGCAGCUUAAAGGCGCCGCACGGUCGACCCAACUGCCCAGAUCAGCUCUCUGACGCUGCGUUUACAUCAUCAAUGUGUCGGUGUUCUGAAGAUGUCGGGAAAAAGAAAACUAUUUCACAGUAAAGCUGCAGGAUGUAACUUUUAUAAAAUGUUUUUUUUACAUAUUUCUUUAAACUCAUCAUGUUGUGACAAUUUAAUAUGACACAGAUAAUCUGUGAAAACAUUGGUCUCCUCCCUGAGCUAACACUGCUUCCUGAAGAAAUGCACCAAAAAUAACCAGUCAGAGCCAGGAGGAGGGGCUUAGCGCUGUCAGUCAUCCUCAUGUACUCGCUGCUAAAUGUGCUAAUGGCGAAGAAACGAUAGGAAAACCAUUUAUCCGCCAUCAUUAGAGACUAUGCUGCAACUAGCUUUAGCAUUCACAACGGCUAUGCUAGCUGCAGUGCAGGAGAGAGCAAGGGAGUGAUGGAGCGCCACACACAGGUGAUUGACAGCGCUAAGACCCGCCUCCUGGCUUUGAUUGGUUGUUUCUAGUUCAUACUGGGAGGAGACAGAGG